AAUCUCUGGAGCCUUCCCAACUUCUCGGAGAAUUUCGCACCUUAAAUAGGUCUAUCGAAGACCUGUGUCGUGACAUCAGCGAAUACCACACGAAACAUUGGCAGAGAUUGAGGAUCAAUGACCCCACCACGGAGCAUGUUCAGAAUCCUCAGGGAUUCUGUCAUCUUUUGCUCGGAGCAGACAAAGGUCCUUCCCUUUACUGGUCUGCUGAGCGGAAAUUCCGUCCACUAGAAGAUGCAGUGGAUUACGCCUUCCGGGACAUCAUCAAUAGGGAGCUAGUCAGAAGAAUAUUUGAUCCUUUUCAUCCAUCCUUGCGUGAAUUCACCGCGACAGAUCGCGAGUUCAAGCAGACGUACGAGGGCAUGAGACGAGCAUCAACACAAGUCCCUUGUGGACGAUGGAGGGCGUUAUCUUUCCGGUAUAUUGACGUCCAAAGCAGCAGCCGCGUGGAGUCUGUAGAUGCCGUAGCCGAUUAUUUGGAGAAAAAGCUUUUUGGGCCGCUUCUGUCCUCACUUCGAGACAGGAACCCAACUCCCAGAUUUCUGUCCCGCUCUCAACUUUCUGCGCUGAAGACUAUUCUCGCAGCUGCCUAUGAAUGGAACCAUAAAGUUAAGUCACAAUUCAUGUCUCUUGACUACCAUGUAAGUCUUCCCCGUGACAAGCAGUUCGAUGAAUGGAGUAUGCAAUACUUGGGGAACAAAAAAGUUGUCGAUCCGUCGAGGCAGAUUAUCUCUGUAAUUUCACUUGGCUUGGAGUCAUCAGAUGCUGGAGGGCCUGGAACACAGCCAAAUAGAGUUUGGCAAGAAAAGAUCACCGUUUUAACGGAAGAUUAUUUCGAGCAGGCCUAAUUGAUAACCUUGACUGUUGACCGUGUAUUCCUGGAGUAUUACAGAAGAAAUGACAAUGAAUGUAUAAGAGGGACAGUAAAACAUCAUC